AUGGACAAUAAACAAAUGAACCAACUUCUCAGGUUGGUUUUAUUGGUAGUGGCAACUACGUUUGCCCCAAUAUGGAUUCCUGUUGCUGUCAUAACUGUGGUACCAACAUUCCUCAUCCUGGCAGAAAUUAUAAGCACCAUUGCUCUCGGCAUAACAACGGUUUUAACCAUUAUACUGGGAACAUUUGGAAUACCCUUACUGUUCAGCACAACAGUGACUGCAGGGAUGUACAUGACGUACAAAGCUUUUGUAAAGAUUGCUGUGAAAGCACAAUGCUUCCUGUUCAAUCUGAAACAGUUUUUAAACUUCCUAGUGAAGUUCAAUCUGAAACAGUUUUUAAACGUAGGUAUUUUUAAAGGCUGAUUAAUUUACACUUUCAGAGUUUGUGUGAUCACAGUAGGAAUUUUGCACAUAGCUAAAUUCUAAGUUUUCAACGAUUUGUAGGGAAUUGACUCUGGCCAUGCUCACAAUUUCUGUGCGACUACACACGUGAAAAUGCACAUGUUGUUACAAGUCUGUAAAGAAGUUGAUACAAAUCUGUUCACAUGCAAGCUUGUUUUCUACAUUUUGUGUUCGCGCAAUGCUUGUUCUCAGUUGCUGACUUGCUGUAACAAGUUUGGAACAAGCUGUUAACAUGAACUUGUAAUAAGCUUGAUGGCAUUAUCAGACUUGUUACUGAUAUUGACAUCAAGCUUGUUCCAAACUUGGGACAGGAGCUCAUAACAGCUUGUUCCAAAACUGUUGACAAUUUGAGAGAAGCACUGCGAUUUUCACGUGCAUGUGUACUUUGCGAAAACGUGCUUGAUACCCUUGUCAUAAUUGGCAGAAUUUAAACCUUUCCCAGUUCCUCUCUCUAGCAUUUGAGAGUUUCAAUUUUAUGGCAGCAAGAAACUAUAAUGAACUUCCGUUAUCAGCUAGAAAACUUGAAUCUAAGGUUUUAUUCAGACAAUUCUUAGAUGAACAUUUCUAACUGCAUCAAUUUUAAUGGAUGAUCAUAUUUUUAACUGCAUGCAUUUAUUUGUAAUAGUAUUUUAACUUGUACUGGAUAAAUAGGCUUAAAUAAAUAGUCUUAUUAGUUGCAGGACCCUAGUGAUAACAGUAUUAUUACUGAUAGGUUAUCCUGCAUGUAUAAAUAUUCGAAAUAUUAUUUCAAUAUUUCAUAUCAAAAUACGCAUUACACUUUAGGGUUUGCCAAUCGUGAACCGAUUUGUGGCCAAUGGUAAACGUGAACAGCUUGUGUAUGAAGAGGAGAGUGAAACUGAAAGUGAAACUGUGGUUUCUCGUGCUGGACGACCAGUAAGUUUUAAUGUCAUAUACUUCUCUACAUCUUUCACCCAUAAGCUAAUUAACUACACUGUUAAAUUAAGUUUGUACUUCUUUACAGCUACCCUUAGAACGUGUUUUCUACUUGUCUAUACGGCCUGCAGGGCCGGUUGUUCGAAAGCCGAUUAACUUAAACUGCAAAGCAAACUUCUGACAGCUUGUUUAUAAUUUAUAUUUGGAAAUGUUUCUCCAGAAAUCUCUCUAGAUUGAUUGGAAUUAAUUUACUUCUCUGAAGUUUUAAAAUAAUCAAAGAAAUACAGAAACAAAAACAGCUGGUUAAAUUUUAACCGAGGGUUAGGGCUAACCCACCUUUGGACAACCGCCCCCUGAAGUGGUUCUUUAAUUCGGUGCUUACCACAUUUCAGGCUGGUAGUUUUUAAUCCAUUGGCUCAUUUACGCGGGAUUUUGUUUUAACCCAAAACUGAGGACUGAAUUUGAAUCCCGUAAGAAAUACUAUAUGCUAUAACCUAGCCUUUGCACCUAGUGCAGGAAGCUCGCUGCUUCUGUGGAGCGUUGACCGAGCCUUUUAACAUGAAUGUCUUGAGUUUGUAGCGAGAAUCAAACCCAUAAUCUCAGAGGCGCUUUCCGGCGGUUUGAUUUGAAAUAUAAUUUGCAUUCAUUGAUUUCUUUGUUUUAUUUUCUAGAGGGCAACGCAUGUUCCAUUCUCAAAGACAAAUAGCAUUCCUCUGUUUGACUUGUCCGAUGUAGACGAUGGCGAUGAAAUCGAGAUAAUUUUCAACAGCGUGGAAGAACUGCAUUCCGUCAUUUAUGCAUUGUGCAAGUCAGCACGGAAUUGUGCUGUCUUGUGCAAUGUCUCAAGACGCAACACCGUGCGCUAA